AUGAAUAAUGAUAAAAUAGAAGAAGUUAUACGGAAAAGGCGACUAAUUUUUGAUCAGGCACUUCAAGAGAUACGUCGUCCUAACAAGGAAGAUAUAUUUGAGCACUUGUUGCUCAUUGGAGUUCCGCCCGAUGAAAUAAGUCAGCCACGGUUUAAAAUUUUAUGUUUAUUCCCGUAUUAUCCAUUGAAGAUAGAGCCGUCAGAGUAUGAAUCUAUUAUAGAUUUUGCAUUUCCAGCAGGUUUAAAAAAAUGCGAACCAUAUUCACAGCAUCAUUCAGCAAUAAUCGAUGAAUUCGCUUUUGCUUUCAAGAAGGAAGGCAACCUACAAUAUGGGUUAUGCGUACAGUUUAAAGUUCCAUCAGAUGUUGAUCCUUUUUUUGUUUCUGAGACAAAUAGAUGCUAUCCAUUCUGCUUACUUAUGAUGACUCGAGAUAUGUCAUUUACAUCACAUUUCAGAUUCCUUACAUGCCUCGUAAAAAAUUUUAUUGGUUGGGAGGCGAUUUAUCGAGAAUUCGAGUUUAUGAAAGACUUUACUCCAUUCAAAGUUGAAAUACAAGAAGGAGAUGAACCCAUUUUCUUAGAAUCAAUGGGCAGAGUCUCUUCCUUUGCAAGAUACGGUAAAAUGCACAUAACAAAAGAUUUUGCACGUGCUGCAACAGCUUACAGAUCUAUUAUUCGCGGAAAACAGUACAUUCAAUGCAAAUUUUCCGAUUCUACAGAAAUUUUUAUUCCUCCAAACGUUGAACACGAAUCCAGCGCAUAUCUACUCGGUUUGGCAGCUCUUGACUCGUUGUUUAGCCAUUUAUCCACCUACAAUAUCGUCAAACUCUUUACAGCCGUUGUUUUAGAACAUAUAAUCAUUGUAAUUACAGAUAAACCAUCAUUAGCAUCGAAUUGCAUACUUGCACUUAGAUCGUUAGUGCAUCCCCUCAAGAUAUUAUCGCCAAUUUCCCCGAUUUUACCAGCAAAACCGAAAUACGAAGCAAUUCUCGGUUGUCCGUCCCCGAUUAUAUGCGGUGUACUUAAGAAUCCCAACCUAGACCUCUCAGAAACAUGCGAUGAGAAGUGUAUCGUUGAUAUUGACAAUGGAAGUGUAAUUGAUGACGAACUUGACGUAUUAGGACAAAUUUUACCUAGAGCAGAUGCGAUAAAAGAAGAUAUAGAGCGUAUUCUCGCUGCAAACCAUAAUCUAAUUGAAGUUCCUCCGCGUCAUAUUUAUAGUAACGGAAAAAACAUCAGAAAUCCCGACUGGGGAAGUUUCUAUGCCGCUGACAACCAUGUUUCCAUGCCUUUGCACUACAUGAGUUCGAUAAAUCCGAAAUACAUUUUCACAGCGACCGUUGUAGGCAAAAUCAUGAAAGUUUUCCAGAGAAGAUUCAUUAAGGAACUUUACGAGAACAUGGAAAUGUGUUUUGUGACCGAAACAACUGAUUCUUUGAAACCUGUCAUCAUAUUCAACCAAGAAAUCUUCAAAGGACAGCCAUACGCUAAGACAAAUGAUAAGUUCAUCAAGAGAUUCAUGCAGACAUCUAUUUUUGAUGAAUAUGUACAAAGAAAACUUGAUUAUUUGACAAUUCUCAAAACUGCUGUUAUGAAUGAGUCAAAAUGCAGAGAAAUGGAAGAGUUUUUGCGAGUUUAUGAUGAAAUUACAUCAAUGCUCGAUUAA